GACGAAAAUGAUAUUUUAAUAAAACUUACGGCUCAUAAUCGUAGCAAAAAGAAAGCUCCACUUACUAUUUUACCAACGCUUUGGUUCAGAAAUACGUGGUCGUGGGGUUAUGACGAAUUUAGCCAAAAACCAAUUCUGACAGGUAUUGCCAAUCGCCAAGUAGAAGUUUAUCACAAAAUUUUGGGUAAAUACAAACUUUACUGCGAAGGUGCAGACGAACUUCUGUUUUGCGAAAACGAAACAAAUUGUGAGCGUAUUUUUGGUACAGCCAACCAAACAUUGUUUGUAAAAGAUGGAAUCAAUGAUUUUAUUGUUACGGGCAAUCGCAAAACCAUUAAUCAAAAUCACAUUGGUACAAAAGUCUCUGUGCUUUACAAAAAAGAUAUUCCCGCAGGCGAAAGUGUAACCAUCAAAUUAAGAUUCAGCAAUAACACGCAAUUUCAAAAUGCGUUUGCCAAUUAUGAUGAGGUUUUCAAUCAGCGUUUGGCAGAGGCCGAUGAAUUUUAUGCUGAUAUUCAGAAAAAUAUUGAAGACCAAAAGCUAAAAGAAAUUCAACGCCAAGCAUUUGCAGGAAUGCUUUGGAACAAGCAAUUUUAUUAUUAUAACAUCAAUCAAUGGCUAAAUGGCGACCCCGAAAUGCCAUUCGAUUUUAAAGGACGUGCCAAUGCCAGAAAUCAGCCGUGGAAACACGCCUACAUGGCAAACAUCUUAUCAAUGCCCGAUAAAUGGGAAUAUCCGUGGUUUGCAGCUUGGGAUUUGGCAUUUCAUACCCUCACCCUUGCUCGUGUAGAUGCUGCUUUUGCAAAACGACAAUUGGCAGUGGUAUUGCGUGAAUAUUAUAUGCACCCCAACGGGCAAAUUCCUGCUUAUGAAUGGAAUUUUUCUGACGUAAACCCACCUGUACACGCAUGGGCAACAUGGAAAGUAUAUGAAAUUGAUAAAGAAAAUAAUGGAGGGGUAGGUGAUAUUGACUUUUUAGAGCGAAUCUUUCAUAAAAUGCUCAUCAACUUUACAUGGUGGGUAAACCAAAAAGAUGAAGAUGGUAACAAUAUCUUUGGUGGAGGAUUUUUGGGUUUGGAUAAUAUUGGGGUUUUUGACCGCAAUGCCCAAAUUCAAGGUGUAAGAUUACAACAAGCCGAUGCAACAGGCUGGAUGGCAAUGUACACGCUCAACAUGCUGCGUAUUGCUUGUGAAAUUUCUUUAGAAAAAUCCGUUUAUCAAGAUAUGGCAUCUAAGUUUUUUGAGCAUUUCUUGCAUAUUGCGGCGGCAGUAAACAGCCCAAGAAAAAAAGGCACGCUAGGGCUUUGGGAUGAAGCCGACCAGUUUUAUUAUGAUAAAAUUCAUACGCCCAAAGGCGAUACAAUAUUUAUGAAAAUUCGCUCAAUUGUGGGUUUAAUUCCGCUUUUUGCUGUGGAAGUUAUCAACGAAGCCAUGCUUGAGAAAUUGCCAGAUUUCCGUCGCAGAGUGGAGUGGGUCUUGAAUAAUCGCCCCGACCUUGCUUCUUUGAUUUCGAGAUGGAACGAAGCUGGCGAAGGCGAAUCUCACCUUUUGGCACUUUUGCGUGGGCAUCGUAUGAAAAUGGUGUUGAAACGAGUAUUUGACGAAACUGAAUUUUUAUCUGAGUAUGGCAUUCGUUCGCUUUCAAAAUUCCACGAAGAACAUCCGUAUAAAUUUAAUUUGCAUGGCGAAGAACUAAGCGUAAAAUACACGCCUGCUGAAUCGGAUUUGAGUAUUAUGGGUGGAAAUUCUAACUGGCGAGGUCCAAUUUGGUUUCCAAUCAAUUUCUUAAUUAUUGAUUCGCUACUCAAAUUCUUUAGCUAUUAUGGCGAAGAUUAUGAAGUAGAAUAUCCAACCAAUUCGGGAAAUAUUGUGAGUAUCAAAGAAGCCGCUCUUUCUAUUGCCGAGCGUUUGAUUAAUAUUUUCAAAGCUGAUGACACAGGGCAUAGAGCGGCAAUGGCAGGACAUAACAAGUUUAAUACCGAUGAGCAUUUCAAAGAUUAUUAUUUAUUCUAUGAAUAUUUUCAUGGAGAUAACGGACUUGGCUUAGGGGCUGCUCACCAAACAGCUUUUUCGCAAGACUAUAAAGACAAAAUAACGUUGGUGAUUCAUGGCGGAGCAGGCACAAUUACUCGCCAAAAUAUGACCCCCGAAAAAGAAAAAGCUUACAGAGAAACCCUCGACAAAGCACUCGAAACAGGCUAUGCUGUUUUGGCAAAAGGCGGCACAAGCCUUGAUGCCGUAGAAGCAAGCAUUCAUGUAAUGGAAGACUCUCCGCUAUUUAAUGCAGGAAAAGGGGCUGUUUUUACACACGAUGGCAAAAACGAAAUGGAUGCCGCUAUUAUGGACGGCAAAACCCUGAAAGCUGGGGCAAUUGCAGGUGUAACUACCAUCAAAAAUCCAAUUAGCACAGCCCGAAAAGUAAUGGAUAAAUCAGAACACGUUAUGCUAAUUGGCAAAGGAGCAGAACAGUUUGCCAAAUUACAAGGCGAAACUAUUGUACCAUCCAGCUAUUUUUUCACUCAAACUCGUUGGGAUGGUUUACAAAAAGCUAUCAAAGAAGAAAAAGUAGAACUUGACCAUGCUACGCCCCCAGCCGCACCCCCAACCCCUAAAGGGGCGAAAAAACUCAAAAAAAAUCCCCCUUUAGGGCGGUCCGCCGAUGCGGCUAGGGGUCGGUCUGAAAACAUUUUCACCGAAGGCAAAAAAUAUGGCACAGUAGGCUGUGUGGCUCUCGACCAAUAUGGCAAUUUAGCAGCAGGUACAUCGACAGGCGGCAUGACCAACAAACGCUGGAACAGAGUGGGCGAUGCUCCGAUAAUUGGAGCAGGUACGUAUGCCGACAACGAAACAUGUGCAAUAUCGGCAACAGGGCAUGGCGAGUAUUUUAUUCGUGCGGUAGUUGGGCAUGAUAUUUCGUCGUUGAUGGCUUAUAAAGGCAUAAGUUUGCAAGAAGCUGCCGACGAAGUGGUGAUGAAAAAAUUGGUAAAAAUGGGUGGCGAAGGCGGUGCAAUUGGCGUAGAUAAAAACGGAAAUGUUGCCAUGCCAUUCAAUUCUGAGGGUAUGUAUCGUGGUUUUAUGAAUGCCAAAGGCGAA